AUGAGAGCAGAUAACGAUCACGCGGUUGAAAACUCUGUACAGAGUUGCAAAGAUGACUCUAAACCUCAUCAAUGCCCUGAAGAGAAGUGGGAAGAUGCAGAGCUAAAGAUCCCUGAAAAUGGGAAGAACAACAAGAAUGUGUGUGAGUUGUUCUAUGAUACAAGAAGCGGCGACGAGUGGGAUAAAGAGAACGGUGGAAACACUUUGGAACGCCGUUCUAGUGGAGAAUCUAAUGAGGCAGGAAACAAAAUCCGAGAUAAUGGUCAGGAUGUUGCUGCAAACAAGGAUUCUCUUGAGAAAGAUGAUCCGGUGUUUUAUAUGGACAAGAAUGUUACGGCCUGUGACUUGCCUGAGAUUGUAGUUUGCUACAAGGAGAAUACGUAUCAUGUCGUGAAGGAUAUAUGCGUCGAUGAAGGUGUGCCGGUCCACGAGAAGUUCUUGUUCGGCGAGAAGGAUUCUGUGAAAUGUAGCUCAAACUCAAACCAGUGCGAGUCAGAGGAUUUGACGAAAGCAGACAAAGUAACUUCGGAUUCUUUAGAAGUUAAGUCAUCGGAAGACAGAAACAGUAAGCUUGAUGAUGAUUCCGAGCUCUGUAAUGAUCCGAAGACAAACAGAGAUGUGGAAGAAAAUGAUCCUAAGACAAACAGAGAUGUGGAAGAAUCGUCAAGAGAAGGUUUUGCUGAUGCUGAAGGUUCUAGCAAUUGCAAUCAAGAGCAUUUGAUUGUGACAGGAGAAGGCAAGGAAGCGCACACGCACAUGUUAAAUCUGUCGGAAAUUUCUCAUGAAAUCGAAUCUGAUGUGAAUUCAAAGGACGAAGUUAAGGACACAGCUCUCGAAACAGAGCUUGAGAACACAGAGGAUCCCAAAAAAGCAGAGGAGAAGCUUUCCUCUGUUUCUACAGCAACCUCUCAAGAACCAAACAAAGCUUGCAAAGACCCUGAAAGGCCUGAAACCGAGAAUCAACAACCAAACUUGUUGGUGGCAGACUCUUCUUGCGACGAAGACAAACUUUUCUCGAGCGGAUUUGGGGAGACGAGUUUCUCUGCAGCAGACGCAGUUUCAAUUUCAGGUCAUAUAACAUACUCGGGACCAAUUGCAUUCUCUGGAAGCCUCUCUGUUCGUUCUGAUGCAAGCACAACGAGUGGAAGAUCCUUCGCUUUCCCAAUAUUGCAAUCAGAAUGGAACAGUAGUCCUGUAAGAAUGGCAAAUGCGAACAAGAGAAGACAAAAAGGAUGGAGACACGUUCUUCUCUGCUGUAGAUUCUCUUGA